AUGAAGACCUCUAUCUCGUCCGAGGUAUGGGAGAAGAAGAAGGCGUUGAUCUCCAAGUUGUAUAUGGAAGAUGAAUGGCCCUUGAAGCAGGUCAUCAAACAGAUCCGCACCGACGACUUCAAUCCCAGUGAAACCCAACUACGAAGCAGACUGAAGAAAUGGCGAGUGACCAAGCCAUCCCGCCAGACUCGAAAGAAGAGUCUGGCUUCGGCAGAAGACUUAGACUCAGACAAGGAUGCCAAGCGCAAGGCAUCCACCAUCCAAAGACCACUGCCAUCAUUAUCAACGAGAGAAACACAAGCCCGCCAUGAAUGGCCCAUGAUACAACCCAUCUACGCACAACAUCCCACCCUCCAACACCCCGUCCCAGACCGGGACCGGAAAUGGAGCUCUCCUAUGAUCCAACAACUCACCCCAAGCCCCUCCGGCGAGCACAUCCAAGACCGCACGACAGCCGUCUCCUAUGCCGAGCAUAGUCCAACAACAACACCCUUCGACCAAACCCACACCUCCCCAGUCGGGGAGGGCCUUAUGCUGAGCACAACCCCCGCCGUGGCCCCAUCCUACCCAGCCUACCCACUCUCACCCGAAUCGGGCCUUCCAAGCCCAGGCACGGCCACGACUCCCAGCAGCAUUGGCUGGUCGCCCCGUGCUGUCCCAGUUGACUACGGCCUCAACCCACCUCAGUGGUACUCUCUGCCCUUUGAAACCAUCCCUCCCCCGGCCGUCUCUCAGUCUCCGGCUGCUCCCAUGGCUCCUUCCAUCAAUGGAUACCUCCCUCAUGUCCAGCUCUACCAUCCUCAGUAUUACCACGGCGAGGCAGAGUACCCCCAUGUCUAUGAUUCCAAGAACUGGAAGCGCACUAUGUCGUUGCAAUAUGAUAUGGCUGGCCAUCUGGCUGCCCGGGCCGAGCACGGAGAUAGGAAGCAGAUGCUCCCACAGAUGCAGUCUCAUGGCCAGUGGCAUCCUAUGUCACCGCCGCCUAUUCAGUCCGGUGGGCCUCAUUCCUUGAUGUGUGCUCCGGUCAUGCCUUAUAUGGGCCAUGACCAUUAUGUGCAGAAGCCUCCAGGCAUUGGAUACUAG